GGCGAGAGAGAGAGAGGAAGAUGGCCUUGAUGAGAAGGAUUUCUCACUUUCUUCUACUUUGCUUAGUGUUCCUUUCCUAUAAUUCCCAUGCCUUGGCAAAUAAAUGGCCAGCGGGAAGUUCCACACGUUUCUAUGAAUUCAAGGUACAAACCACGAAAGUUAAAAAGCUAUGCAAGAGCAAGGACAUUGUCACCGUAAAUGGGAUGUUUCCGGGGCCUGUCGUUUACGCACAAGAAGAUGACAGAGUUAUAGUCAAAGUAACGAAUGAAUCACCACAUAAUGCCACCAUCCACUGGCACGGUGUACGGCAGCGACUGUCUUGUUGGUCUGAUGGGCCAUCUUACAUUACUCAAUGCCCGAUCCAAGCGGGCCAGACCUUCACGUACGAGUUCACCUUGGUGCAGCAGAAGGGCACACUCCUGUGGCAUGCUCACAUUUCAUGGCUUCGAGCUACUGUCCAUGGCGCCAUUGUCAUUUAUCCGAAAACUGGAGCACCCUACCCCUUCCCAUACCCUUACGAAGAACAUGUCAUCGUCCUCGGAGAAUACUGGUACAAGGAUGUUGUAGAACUCGAGGGCAAGGUGCUGGCAAGCGGUGGAGGGCCGCCACCGGCGGAUGCUUAUCUCAUUAAUGGCCACCCUGGCCCCAUGUACAAUUGCUCGGCCAAUGAUGUGUAUACACUCGACGUGGUCCCUGGAAAAACAUAUUUGUUAAGGAUAAUAAACGCAGCGCUAAACAUGGAACACUUCUUUGGGAUCGCCAACCACAAGUUAACAAUCGUCGAAGCCGAUGGUGAAUACACAAAGCCGUUCAUGGUGGACCAGAUCAUGAUCACACCAGGCCAGACCACCAAUGUUCUUGUCACAGCAGACCAGCCCAUUGGUAAAUAUUCAAUGGCAAUGGGCGCCUACAUGUCGGCCAGAAACGUCUCCUUCCAAAACAUCUCAGCUGUGGCCUACUUCCAGUACGCGGGCGCCACCACAAACAGCGUCUCAUUGGCAGCUCGGCUUCCCAGCUUCAAUGACAAUCUGGCUGUCAAAUCUCACAUGGAUUCUCUAAGGAGCCUAAACCCACAUGAUGUCCCGCUAGAGAUUGACGAUAACCUCUUCUUUACCAUUGGAUUAAAUGUUCAACGAUGCCAUUCAUCGAAGCCGAACAAGAGCUGCCAGGCCCCCAACAAUGGCGUCUUCGCAGCAUCAAUGAACAACAUAUCAUUUGUUAGGCCAAAGGUGUCACUCCUACAAGCAUACUAUAACAAGAUACAUGGUUAUUUCAGUGCUGAUUUUCCUGGGGUCCCCCUUAAGGCCUAUGAUUUUGUUAAUGGUGCACCUAAUAACAUCCCUAACAAUACUCAAUCGAUGAUCGGGACCCGGGUUAAGGUUAUUGAGUAUGGGUCAAGGGUGCAGCUGAUCUUGCAGGAUACUGGGACCGUCAGCACGGAGAACCACCCGAUUCAUUUGCAUGGGUACAGUUUCUAUGUUGUUGGAUAUGGGAGUGGUAACUACAACCCUAGGACCGCUUCGCUUAACCUGGUUGAUCCACCAUACAUGAAUACAAUUGGAGUGCCUGUGGGAGGAUGGGCUGCAAUUCGAUUCACUGCCGACAAUCCAGGGGUUUGGUUUAUGCAUUGCCAUCUAGAGAUACACACGUCUUGGGGGCUGUCCAUGGCAUUCAUCGUGAAAAAUGGAGAGGGAGUAUUGGAGACGCUUCCCCAUCCUCCAGCAGACUUGCCCACUUGCUAGAUUGGAGUUUCAAGGGAAGGGAGAUGGAAUGCGUGUGUUUCCCAAAUGAUGCACCCUUGUGUUUUUGAGUCUCAUCAACCCAUCUCUCACUCAUUUCUUUCAAGAAAAAGAUGAAACUUGUAAAGGAAGGAUGGAAAUAAUCUGUGAUUUAAUGUAUUGUUUAUCAUUGUUCUUAA